UUCUAAACCUUCUUUCUUCUCUCUCUCUCUUCUCUCUCUUUCGUCCCUCUUUCUUUCUUGCUCUGCUCUUUCUCUCUCCACCCUACUCUCCAUCCAUCGUAUGUCAAAUUAACAUUUAUGUUGCUGCUGAUAUAUAAGCCAUGCAAGACAUUCAAUUCAAUAACUACGUAAAAUACGACCGCUUCGAGACACCAGAGUCUGAGAGCAGCAAACGGAAAAAGGCAACUCGAGCUUGUUUUCACUGCCAAAAAGCCCAUUUGACAUGCGAUGACUCACGACCGUGCCAACGAUGCGUCAAACGCGGCCUGGCGCCCACUUGCACAGACGCCGUUCGGAAACGAGCAAAAUACCUCCAAGAGAAUGCAGCUGACAGCAACAGUAGCAGCAGCAACAACGACAACAACACUUCCUCCUCCACAUCCUCCAGUGCACCUACUACCGAUAAUUUGUUUACCACCAGCUCCUUUAGUGUCGAUGCCAUGGGCGACCAACAGCAGCAACCACAACAGCAAGAUCAACAACAACAACAACAAUCCAUGGGCUUUGUCGACGCGAACCAGUUUUUGAAUUUUUCACUGGGCGAUUUAGGAUUCGGUUCGGAAUCAGCUGGUCUCGAGUACGGAUUCAUUGGCAACAUGCUACAAAAUCCACUCGAUCCAUCUUCACUCAAUGACGCGAAUCCACCAUCAGCUGCAAUGAAUCUAGCCAACAGCACAACGGCAUUGUUACCUAGCAAUGGUAACGAUUAUGCAACGUCCGCCAACUUGUUUGCAUUGUCAAAUGGGCAGCAAACGACGACGUCUUAUCUUGCCCCACAGGGUUUGUCGUUAUUUCCAAUGUCUGCGACAGUUGCUUUUGCUCCAGGGGCAAAUCCAUUAGCAAACACUCAACUGCCAUCGCAAGAACAGCAGCAACAGACACCACCACCAAUUUCUACAAGUCCGGCCAUAGCUGCUAGUCCUUUGACGACAACGACAACGACGACUGGCAGUAAUAACAACAAGAAUAAUAGUAAUAGUAGUAGUACCAUCAACAACAGCAAUAAGAAUAGCAAAAAGCAUGUUGUCAGAAACAACAACACUAGCAACAGUGGCAGCAGUAGCGACAGCGAACAACGACCUUCUCCACAACGAUUCGCACCGAUGAAACAGCAAAAAUCACCUAAUAACCUUACCAUCACCUCCACGCCUGUUGCAUCUACAGCCUCCUCUUCACCACCAGCCGUCUCGCCAUCGUCCUCUCCAUCCGCCCCCAAACGACACAAUGCAUCCAUAUCGUCAACGGGCAGUAAUGGGAUCGUGCCUCGACGAAAACUAAAUACCCCGGAAACCGUCUACCUUGGUGUACGGCGACCGUUUAACUAUGCUGAAGGAUUCCAUUACCUCAUUGAAUACGUCAAAGAACGGAUGAGUCGAGAGGAUUUGAUGCGGAUCAGUAGGGCAUUAGCGGUGUUUCGACCUUCGUUUCUUGCUCUCAUUAUGAACUUGAAUGAAGAGGAUUUGGUAUUUAUGGAGAAAUGUAUCCAACGAACACUUUUGGAAUACGAGAAGCUCAUCAGUUUCUCAGGAACACCCACUGUGGUAUGGCGGAGGACGGGCGAAGUGUGUCUCGUUGGGAAAGAGUUUCUCCUCCUGACACAAUGGCCAAGGGAUACCCUGUUGAGCAAAAAGACGUAUAUCUAUGAGGUAAUCACUGACACACGACGCGAGUGGAUACAUGUAUCUGGACAAAAGAGAAAGAAAGAUGGAUAAGAAGGAAAUGGACUGAUCCAUCAUCGCCCACUGUCUGUUGUGUAAUUAGCUGAUGGACAAUCGAUCAGCAGUGGAGUAUUGGGAAAAAUUCGCGACACAUGCAUUCGACAAUACCGACAAAUCGUGUACCUACUCUUGUAUCUUAAAAACACCUAGCCAGAAGGCUGUGCCCUGUACAUUUUGCUUCACCAUCAAACGUGACAUUUUCGAUCUUCCAAGUGUUAUUGUAGGCAAUGUAAGUUACGCUCUUUAUGAUCGAACUGGGUCCUUUUGUGUGGUACUGAUUCUGCUCUCUUUUUCUUCCUCUUUAGUUUCUCCCUAUUUUGAGCUAGCA